CGACGUCUUUCUUCCUACUCUCACUUUCUGCUCGUUCUCUUGAACCCUUCGAGUUACGAACCAGCAAUGUCGAUGCAAAUAUUUGGAGGACAGGCGACAGAAGAAAAGGCCGAAAAUGCGCGUCUCUCUUCGUUUGUCGGUGCUCUCGCUCUUGGGGACCUCGUAAAAUCCACACUCGGCCCUAAAGGGAUGAACAAAAUCCUUCAGUCAGCGUCGACUGGGGAAAUCAACGUAACGAAUGAUGGUGCGACGAUUCUGAAAGCCAUUCAGCUGGAUAACGCUGCUGCGAAGAUUCUGGUGAACAUCUCCAAGGUUCAGGACGACGAAAUUGGCGAUGGUACGACGAGCGUAUGCGUGCUGGCUGCAGAGCUACUGAGAGAGGCCGAAAAGUUAAUCGCACAGAAGAUACAUCCUCAGACUAUCGUUGAAGGGUAUCGGAUUGCGAGUCUAGCAGCAUUGAAGGCAUUGGAGGGCUCUGCUGUGGAUAAUUUUUCGGACCCUACAGUGUUUCGCCGAGAUCUUUUCAACAUUGCGCGUACAACUCUAUCGUCAAAAGUCUUGUCGCAGGAUAAAGAUUACUUUGCCAACCUUGCCGUUGAUGCCGUUCUGCGGUUAAAGGGAUCCACAGAUCUUGAACACAUUCAAAUAAUCAAAAAAGUCGGCGGCAAGCUCACGGACUCGUACUUGGAUGAAGGUUUCAUUCUCGACAAAAGUAUUGCCGUCAACUCCCCAAAGCGACUGGAGAAUGCCAAAAUCCUCAUCGCCAAUACCUCCAUGGAUACUGACAAAAUCAAAAUCUUCGGUGCACGAGUGAAGGUGGAUGGUACAGGAAAACUUGCCGAACUAGAACGAGCUGAGAAGGAGAAAAUGAAAGCCAAGGUCGAAGCUAUUGCUGCCCAUGGCAUCAACUGCUUUGUCAACAGGCAGCUGAUUUACAACUAUCCGGAGUCUCUUCUCGCAGAAAAGGGUAUCAUGGUGAUAGAGCACGCUGACUUUGAGGGCGUCGAACGACUCUCACUUGUCACCGGUGGAGAGAUCACGAGUACGUUUGAACGACCAGAGUUGGUCAGUCUUGGACAAUGUGAUCUCAUCGAAGAGAUUAUGAUUGGUGAAGACAAGCUCAUCAAGUUCUCAGGCGUUGCUGCUGGUGAAGCCUGCACAGUCGUCCUCCGGGGAUCUACGAAUCAGAUGGUCGACGAGGCAGAACGGUCACUACACGACGCCCUCUCGGUGCUCUCGCAGACAGUGAAAGAAACGCGGACUGUGUUAGGCGGUGGUUGCUCAGAGAUGCUGAUGAGCUGCGCUGUCGAUGAGGAUGCUCGGAAGGUGAAAGGAAAGAAGGCUAUUGCUGUCGAAGCCUUCAGCAGGGCUCUGAGACAAAUCCCGAUAAUCCUAGCUGAUAAUGCAGGAUAUGACUCUUCAGACUUGGUUUCGCGGCUUCGGGCAGCGCAUUAUGAAGGCCAGACAGAUGCUGGGCUGGAUAUGAACGAGGCAACGAUUGCCUCGAUGCGCAAGCUAGGUAUCACGGAGAGCUACAAGUUGAAGCGUCAGGUGGUUCUCAGUGCCAGUGAAGCUGCAGAGAUGAUAAUACGUGUGGAUGAUAUCCUGCGCGCUUCGCCCCGACAACGCGAGGCUGUAUAGUGUGUUUGUUUAGAGUAAUUUGAUAGCAUUGCUGAAUUCUACUUUGUAAUAUUUGAUCGAAUGUUCCUUUUCACGACUGGGUUCCUUUCUAGCAGUUGUAG